UGUGGACACCGGUACCACGCCGAAUGCCUCCUCACCCUCGUCGAUACGUCCCUGCAGUCUCUCACGGCAUUCCCUCCACGAUGCUGUCGCCAGACGAUCCCCACCGAGACCUUCGAGCACCACAUGACCUCCACACAGCGCGCCCGCUUCGCCGAACGCCAGUCCGAAUUCGACACCCCCAAACGCGUCUACUGCGCGAACCCGCGCUGCAGUCGCUUCCUCGGCGCGCGCGACAAACGCGUCCCCAUCCGGCUCUACACCUGCCCGUCCCCCGCCUGCGCCAGUGCGCGCACCUGCGCGCGCUGCAAGGCCGCGGUCUCUUCGCCCCCCUCCCCCUCACACGUGUGCGCGCACGACGCGAGCCACCGCGCCGCGCUCGCGCUCGGCAGCCGCAUGGGCUGGGUGCGCUGCCCUGGAUGCGAGGCACUCGUCGAGCGGCACGGCGGGUGCGCGCACAUGACGUGCGUGUGCGGCGCGCAGUUCUGCUACCGGUGCCGCGCGCGGUGGAAGACGUGCCAGUGC